AUGGUCUCUGUACUCAGCUCAAGCUUGAAUGGAGGUUCCUGGCUGCUCCAUCACCACACUAACGGCAGUCGACUCGCAGCGCAUGCUCACGAUUCUCAAAAGCGACCGCUUGUUGACGAAUACUGGCCGAGGCGCUCAAAGCAAGCUUGUUACGGUCAGGUUGGUGAAUUUCAAUCAGGCGCUGUCGAACAGACAACAUCUAGCAUAAGGAGGACAGUUACUAUACCUAAUGUACUCAAGGACAAUGCAGAGCAGCAGAGUAUCUGCUAUGGCAUGUUCGUAGAUCCCAGCAUUGAAGUGAACCGCGCACAGAGCGGGCAUCCUAUCCUCGUUUGUCUCAAUCCUGAUGGGCAGACUCUGAUUGAAGUGGAUAUUGACGGGCAAGAGAGGGCUGUUGGCACCCUUCGCAGGAAAAGCGUCGAGAUAUUGAAAACACUACAAAAGGAAAAUAGCUUGUCGUUGCAAUAUCUUCUCAGAUGGAUAAGCGGGUCUGCUUAUGAGGGUACGUAUUCCUGGGGGAAGGAAGACCGAGUAACAUCUCAACCGCGCUGGAGUCUGUUUGUCAACUUAUACGGACCCACCAGGCUAGCCGAGGACGUUGGCAGCUUCGCGGAGGCUUGUGGAAUAUGCCUACAAGAUCCUGAGUAUUGCGAUCGGAAUGUGGAAUAUUGCAAUCCACACCGGCUUCCUCGAGACGAUGGAGCCAUUUUCUACACCCAGUCUCUACCUAGGACUGAGUUUAAGUUGGGCGUCGAGGAGACCAUAGAGGAUCCCUUCGACCUUCUGGCCACGACUGAAGAUGACGAUUCCUUUUCGGAUGCACCGCUGCCACUCGGCUUACGUACUAUGCUUUAUAGGCACCAAAUACGUGGUUUAUCCUGGAUGUCUACAAGAGAAAGAGGCUGGGAUUUCGAUGGUCAUGGAAGGGACAUGUGGAAGGCCCAGAAGUCUCAAAAUGGGCCUACUAGAUAUGUGAACAGAGCUACUGGUGACUGGCAGCUUGAGGCGCCAGCCGAUUUCCGUGGUGGAAUUCUUGCAGAUGAUAUGGGUUUGGGUAAAACUUUGACAGUGAUAUCCCUGAUUGUGUCAGACUUGUCAAGGAGCCAUCCUUCUGCAGUGCUGCCGCAGACCCGAGUUGCUUCUAUCGAGGGCCCGAAAACAACACUUUUAAUCGUACCUCUUUCGCUCCUGCAGGUGUGGGGCCAUCAAAUUCAACAUCACGUCGAACCUGGCACUCUUCGGUAUCAUGUCUAUUAUGGAAAGGAUCGCAACCGAACACAGUUGGAACUGGAUCGACUCGACCUCGUCAUCACCACAUACUCGGUGGUCUCAAAAGAAUUUGAAAAGGGGUUGUCAAGCCCAUGUGGCCCGGGACAAUUACAUACUACGGUCUGGCACAGAAUAGUGCUUGAUGAAGCACAUACUAUCCGCGUUCACUCUACUGUGUCUGCCCGAGCAGCUUGCGCUCUCAACGCUCAAAGGAGAUGGGCUGUCACUGGAACACCCAUACAGAAUCGACUGUCAGACUUGUCGAGUUUAUUCAAGUUCUUACGAAUGUCACCCUUUGACGAGCCGCAGACUUUCAAACGCUAUGUUACGCGGACCUGGAAGUCAAGGUCUGAUCCUGAGGCCGUUGCAAGAUUGAAAGUUCUUGUCAACUCCGUUACGCUUCGAAGAACCAAAGCGACCAUCAGUCUUCCAAAGCGGAACGAUGAGAUUCACGUUCUUGAAUUCGAAUACGAUGAGGCACAACUCUAUGAAAAGAUCAAGGCGCAAACUCGGCAAAAGAUCGAAGAGCUUGGGGAUUUACUACCUAGCCACACAUUCCUGAACGCCUUAAAAUGGAUCAACGAUCUGCGACUUGUGUGCAAUCAUGGGGUCGCAUUUGAGCAUAGUCACAUUCGUUUCAAGCCGGAUAACUUGACGUAUGAGGCUGACACACAACCACCCACACCUUACCCAGAUUUGAAGAUUAAUGAAUGUCCUUCUCCAAUGCGAAUUGAUUCGCAUCUUGACAAUGUCAUAUCCGAGGCCAAUUCCUCAACACCAGCUAGCUCUGCAUGUCUUUCGGAUAGUAUGGACGCUACACCGGUUUCCUACCAGGAUCCUACCAGUUCCGUGAGCAAUUCGCCGCAACCUGAAGAAGAGUGGAAUGAAAUUUCUGCGAACAUGAUUUUUAGAGACCUUGUUGUGUCUGGAUUAGCCAACUGUUCCGUGUGCCUUACCGACCUUUCUUACGCAAAACGAUCAAAUGGAUCGAUGCAGCACAGCAACGUACCUUGUAUUUCUAAAAGUCAUUUACUCUGUGCACUUUGCUUUACAGAGAAGGCGUUGCCCACGGAGAAAUACUUCGCCGUCUCUCUUAGCCCUCUAAGAGAUGAGCAGAAGUACCUCGAUCCUGGUUAUAUCUCGUCCUCCAGCAGAUCUCCUGGGACUGCCCCACCAAACGUUGAAAUUGGGCCGACGUUAGUUUCAACCAAGAUCAAGACCCUAGUAAGUGAUCUAUCACGUCGACCGCAUGGCGAGAAAAGCGUUGUCUUCUCAUAUUGGACAAGGACCCUAGAUAUGGUUCAAAGACAGCUAGGCGUUGCCGGUAUCCGUUUUGCUCGUCUUGACGGAAGCAUGUCUUCGUCUGUUCGAGGAAGCGCAAUUCGUUCUUUCCAGACUGAUCAUGAAAUAACCGUCUUCCUUGUUUCUAUAACAUGCGGAGGCGUUGGACUUGAUCUCACAGCUGCUAACAAAGCAUAUAUCAUGGAACCGCAGUGGAAUCCAAUGAUCGAGGAGCAAGCGCUAGAUCGUAUCCACCGUCUUGGCCAAACCAAAGAGGUGACCACCGUGCGCUAUGUGAUUAGGGGUUCUUUUGAAGAGAAUGUCCGCAUCAUUCAAAAGCGCAAGAAAGAUCUCGCCCAUCUGGCUUUCCAAAAAGCGCCUCUGAAGAAGGAGGACUUGACCUAUGGAAGACUUCAGUAUCUCAAGGAUCUUGUCGGUUGA